AUGACAAUAGUCCGAUCACUUUCUGGCGAAGUCAUUUGCAGUUUCUUCCGGAAGAAAUUCGAGAUCCCGGAGAGGUUAGAGGAGAGAGAAAGAGAGUUGAUGCUUUAUGAGAGAGGAGUUGGAGGCUUGGAGCUCGACGAGUCGAUGUUACAAACCAUCAGGUUUCGUUCAAAGGAGGUAGAAAUAAUUGACAACACCGUUAAUGACGGUAGAAGCCCCUAUGUCUUCCACAUAAGUGGUAGUAAUCAUCAUAAAAUUGGGUCUUUAAUCCCAGAGUCAAGGAAUUCGCUAAAAUUUGCAAAAUUCUCAGCCGAUUUUAUUAAGGGACUACCUGGUGGGCAUUACCUAGGACACAAACCCGAUGCAGAGGAGGAAGGAGGAACGCCACCACGUAUUUAUGGUCUUCCACAAUUUCGCGAUAUAUUUGGGCGCCUUGUUCCAGGUGUUAAUUUUGGUGGUGGUAAACAACAAGAAACCAAACCUACAAAUGAUAAUUUGCCAUUACCACAGGCACAGGCACAGGCACAGGCACAGGCACAACCAGGGGUGAUUAAAGAGACGAAUUACCCGGGGAAGUGGGUUGUAGUUUCUGAAAACUCUGGAGUUUCAUCUAUGCAUAUGCAGCUUAUGCCUACCAACAAACUUGUUAUGUUUGAUGCCACUUCUUUGGGAAGAUCAAACAUUGAACUUCCUCCUGCUAAUUGUCGCCUUAUUCCAAACACAACAGAUCAGUUCGAUUGUUUCUCACACGCUGUCGAAUAUGAUCCUGCAACCAACAAUGUCAGAACACUCAAGGUCCUGACCGAUCCAUGGUGCUCAAGUGGUGGGCUGACACCUGAUGGUGCCCUACUAAACACGGGUGGGUGGAAAGAUGGAGAGAGAAUCCAACGAUACUACAGCUCCUGUGACACAUGCGAUUGGAAGGAAUCCCCCGUUCUGUUGUCAGACAUCAGGUGGUAUGGUACCCAGACAAUGCUAGCUGAUGGACGGUAUAUAGUACUUGGAGGAAGACGUGCCUUCAACUACGAAUUCAUUGCUCCAGAAGACAAACCUAGCCCUGGAAAAAUUGAUCUUCCUUUCCUUUUAGAUACAACUGAUAUACACGAGAACAACCUAUACCCCUUUAUUCAUCUUGCUCCAGAUGGAAACCUCUUCAUCUUAGCCAACUUCAGGUCUAUUCUCCUUGAUGUAAGAACCAAUAAGAUUGUCCGAACCUACCCAGACUUGCCUGGUGGAGCUCGAAACUACCCAGGCUCUGCUACCACAGCUAUCCUCCCAAUAAAUCUACAGAAUGGUGACAAGGUUGACAUUGAGGUACUUGUUUGUGGUGGUGGACAACCAUUGGCCUUUGGUAAGGCUGAAAAAGAGGGAAUCUUCCUUCCAGCAUUGGAUACCUGUGGAAGGAUUAAAGUUCUAGACCCUGCUGCUAACUGGGAAGUCGAAACAAUGCCAGCACCUCGUGUUAUGAGUGACAUGUUAAACCUUCCAAAUGGUGAAAUUCUCAUCCUUAAUGGAGCUCAGAAGGGUGCUUCUGGUUGGCAGUUUGCCGAUGACCCUAUUUUAACCCCGUUUUUAUACAGCCCCAAUAAGCCAGCUGGUCAACGGUUUAAGGUUUUGGCAGCAAGCCAGAUCCCUCGGAUGUACCACUCAACAUCCGCAGUCCUCCCAGAUGGAAAAAUUCUCGUUGCUGGAAGUAACACCAACCCUGGAUACCUAUACAAGAAUGUCAAAUUCCCAACUGAACUUCGCGUUGAGAAGUUUGAUCCUCCUUACCUUGACCCGGCCCUUGAGGCAUUCAGUCCUAAAAUGGUUAAGGUGCAAAACAAUGUCAUUGGUUAUGGACAAGCUAUUCAGAUAACAUGUAACAUCCUUUCUCCCGUGCCAAUCCCACAAACCGAUGUCAUGGUUACUAUGUACAAACCACCUUUUACCACCCAUGGCUACUCCAUGAACCAGAGGCUUCUAAUUUUGAAAAUUACCGGAUUUGUUGUUCUACCAUUGGGCAACUAUCAGUUACAGGUGCAAGCUCCUCCUGGUGGUGAGCUCGCACCUCCUGGUCACUACCUAGUAUUCGUUAACUAUCUCGGUGUUCCAAGCGCUGCUUCCUGGAUUCAGCUGAAAUAAUUUGAGGGUUAAUCAAACCAUUAAAAAGUUUGUAAAAAAGUUCUUCUGUUCUUAAAACUGUAGUUUCAAGUUUUGGUAUUGUUUUAUGUAAUGUAGUUCCAAAUUACAAUGAGUCUACAGAGUACAAAAAGGCCCUUUAUAUGCCGCCUACAUCCUUUGUUUACCUUUAUUUUACAGGAUGAUAUCUAUAAAUUGACAAACCCCUGAGAUAAGAUUGUACUCUUAUUCACUGAAGGAAUUUCUGAAGUAAAUUUUAUGUGA